AUGUCCACCACCAGCACCCUCACUACAACCUCCACCUCCACCUCCACCCACACCUCCGCGGCCGCCACCUGCACCGGCAACGUCUACGUCCUCCCCAACGUCACCGACGCGGCCUGUGGAGCCCCCGUCUCCGGCAACAUCACCGACGCCUUUGACUCGUGCUGCAAAGGCAACACUCCAACCAAAUACGACAACGACUGCGGCAUCUACUGCCUGGCCAUCGGACAAGACAUUGGCGAAUUGACCAAAUGUCUCGAGCAAAAGAGCGGUUCGUACUCUGUCUUCUGUAACAAGGGGACCAACGUGACUGCGACUGCGUCGGCGGCCACGACGAAGACAAGCUCGACGGGGACGUCGACGCACUCGGGGGCGGCGAGUACGAGCUCUGGCGCGGCUGUUGUGAAUCAGUCCGUGUCGAAGAUGGGGCUGGGCGUAUUGGCGAUGAUGUUUUGCUCUGCGUUGAUGGGGGUUGUUGCUUGA